AUGCCAAAGGCCAAGAGCAGCCCCCAAGCAGUGCAACGGGCGCGCGCCGCUUCUCACAAGGAUGCCACAACGCAGACGCAACUGUCGCUUUCGCUGGGGCCUAUUGAUGCGGAAGACCCAGCCAGCAAAUCAAGGGAACCUUCACCAGUGCAGCUGGCGCAGGAAGCUCAAGGCCCACCAGACACGCCCCGAGCAAGUCGGAUCACAAAAGAAUCUUGGGGUCUUGCCUCGCUGGAUCCGAGCACUUGGCCGGUGUUCAAGGAUGGCUUCGGCUCCUGUAACAGCCUGACCAUCGCGCCGGUACCUGAAGGUGAUCCGGCCUCGGAAGGAGGCGCUCUGAUGGAUUGUGGCGACGCGGAUGCUCUGGCCACCGCGCGCGCUGAGAACGAGUCCCUGCGCCAACUUUGCUAUGACUUGAUCAGCCUGGCUCAAGAUGUGGACUUCCCUGAGGCGCAGGCCCCGCCCAGCCAAGAGAUGUUGAUCGCAGAGGCGCGGAAGAGCCUUCUGACCAUGAGCCAGCUCAUGCUCCGAGCGGCCACCCAACGUGAGUCCAAGCAGUCCAAGCCUUCAGAUGAGAUCUCAGCUCGUGGCGGACUUUGCAGGGAAGGCGAACCCGCAAAACCAGGCGUCACCUCGAAGUCGAGCUGGAGGUGGAGGCCGAUAUCUGCAUCAUCUUCGCCCUCAGAGCCAGUUGCUCGGAGUAUGAAUGAAACUGCGAUGUCGACGAGCACAGCCUGCACCACCUGCACGGCCUCUACACCAACAGAGGCCUGCCAAAGCAUCAAGACCGCAAGCGGCAGCCCAGUAUCCAGGGUCUUGAGUUUGGAUGGACGAGGAAGCCCGUCGCAGGCAACCUGGCCCGUGUCACCAAUCUGGAGUCCUCCCAUGCGGACACGGGUCACAAGAUUCGCUUCCGAUGGAACGUGCAGCCCAAUUUUAGCUUCCCGAGCAACACUUCCGGUACCGGUCCAUGGUCUCUCGCUCCCACAACCAGUAUACUCUGCACCUCAGCUUGGGAGGUCUCGAUCUGUGAGCGUCACCAGGCGGCACUACAGGCAGUGUUGGGUCCUGGAGCGAGAGGAGCACGUGAUCCUGUGA